CAAUUCCAACCACACAACCAAAGCAUGCCACACACUUCCCUUUGAUUUCCAUGCAUUGAUACUGAAACUACACUGCAUGUGGUCCCUUACUUCUUUCUUAACACGCUUAUCUUGAAACAUAGGGAGAAUGCAAGAGGAAAAAAAAAGACUCUUUCAGGAUUGUAUGAGAAUGAAUUAACAUGGGUUUGUAGUCUCAGCAAACAAGCAACUUGAACUCCUUUUCAGAGAAUUUGCUUUACUGAGCAUAAAAAGCAACAGGAUGGACUUUGCAGUUAGUGUGGGCAGCAGUGUGAGGGAUGAGCUAUGCACCAGGUUGAUACAGGUUAUGUCACAGCUCAUCAACGAGGCCGGAGAUGUUGUGGUGGAGAAGGAGAGUUUCUUGAUGUUCUCUAUGUAUGUCAAACAGAUGAAAACCAUUAUUGAGGCAUUACAUGGUAAAAGAGUGGAGGCGAGAACCGAAUCCAGACCGAUGAGAAAAGCCUUGGAGGAACUGGAAUUGGAUGUCAACAAGGCUUUGGAUGUCAUCAAGAGCCACAAAUCAAGAGGCAGGUUCAGCCUUCUGAUAAAUUCUGGCUCAUUGUUGUCCAAGAUGAAACAAGUUGCGGAUGAGAUUGCCAGGGAUGUUACUCUUCUCAGCUUGGCCAACAUUGAUGCGACGCUGGAAUUGAAAUCAAAGACCAAUGAGAUUAUCAAUGGAUUUCAAUCCAUGGAAUUCAAAUCAGCAGCAUCCACAGAAGCUAUAAUCAUGGAGAUUGAAAAGUGUAACGCUGCUAGGAAUGGAAAGAGCGGAGAGUAUGCAGAGAACCUGUUGAAGCAAAUUGCUGAUGCUGUUGGUGUGACGCCAAAUGUAUCUACCGUUAGAAGUGAGAUUCAGCUGCUUCAGCAGGAAAAGGAAGAGCUUGAAUUGAGGAAACAGCGUGCUGAAGCACUCCAGCUAUCACAGCUCAUACACUUGCUGCAGAGCUUAGAUACCAUGCCUCAAUCGCCACCUGAGACAUCGGCUGGCCUGCAGAAUAAUCUGAUCAGCGCAUUUGUGUGCCCCCUGAGUGGUGAACCAAUGGAAGACCCGGUCGCUAUUUGUUGCGGACACAGCUUUGAGAGGAAAGCCAUUUCAGAUCAUUUCGAGCGAGGGGAAAUUAGCUGUCCUGUCUGCGAAGAAGAGCUGUCAUCUUUAGAGCUGACCGCAAACAUAUCGCUGAGGAGCUCCAUUCUUGAGUGGAAGAAUAGGAACAUGAAUUUGAGGCUCCAGAAGGCAAUAUCCGCCUUUGACUAUAUUGAAUCUGAUGUGCUAAAUCAGGCCUUGGAGGAUCUCCAGGAGUUGAUUGACAUACCCGAGUGCACUGCUGAAGUUUCAAGAAAGGGGCUUGUUUCAAAGUUAGUCAACCUCAUGCAAUGCAGUUCUAUGAACACUAAGGCAACCCUCAAAUGCCUCCUCUGCCUCGCAAAUCACUCAAGAGAGAACAAGGAAGUGAUUGCUUCAAAAGGAGCCAUUCGGUAUAUGAUCAAACGAUUUCACAGAGGAGAGAUCGAGGCAGAUGCGGUGGAUCUCUUGGUGAGACUUUCAGAUGAACAGAUGAUUGCUGAGCAAAUUGGUAAUACCAAGGAUGCCAUCCCUACAUUGGUUUCUUUGGUCCAGAAUCCCAAUCCUGAGAUAUCGCAAAAGGCUGAAAUUGUGUUGAGAAACCUGCCUUCAUCAAACACUGAAUUUAUCGUCAAGAUGGCAGAAGCUGGACACUUUGAUCCCUUUCUCGCUCAAUUCCAUCAAGUUCCAUCAGCAACAAGAUUUUUGAUGGCCACAGCUCUGACAAGGAUUCAGUUAAGUGAAAGUGCAGCAAACAAAUUCGAAACUGAGGAUUUCAUCAGAGCACUCACCAAAAUGCUUUAUUCAAACCCUCCAGACAGUAAGUCUGCAUGCCUCCUCUGCAUAAAAAAACUUGUUACAUUUCAAAGAUUGGCAAGACAGUUCUUGUUGGAGAGGGACACCAUUCCAGCGUUACUUGGCCUGAUGUACUCCUCCAUUUCUGAAAAUCACUGGAAACAGGAAGCCGCAGAUAUUCUCAUUUCACUUGUUAGGGUUAGUGAGCCAGCUGAUUACAGUACAAACAUCAGCUUGCGGGAGCUGCAUUCACAACACAACAUUGAUAGAUUACUGAAUCUCACAGCCACUUCCACUCCUCAAACCAGCGCUGCCUUGCUGAGGUUCUUCCUUGCAAUGGUUCAGAAAUCAGAGGUGGCCCGGGAUUCAAUCCAUUCUGAUCAGAUUGCAACUAUUUGCUUCUCCUCCGCAUCUGAAGGCAAUCUCCAAGGUGAAGUGAGACUGCAAGCACUGAAAUUAAUGCAUUUUGUUGUCAAGGACAAACCAUCUGGAUUUCAGCUUCCUCAAUCUCCACAGAAAGAAAGCAUCGUUACCGCCCUUGUGACAAUCCUAAUCAGUUCACGCAGCAUAGAGGAGAGAUCAACCGUGGCAGGGAUCAUAGGGCACCUUCCAGUUGAUGACAUUGCAAUCGAUGAGAUGUUAUGCAGGUUGGAAGCUCUGAGAUCUAUCCUUGAUGUAAUUUCUGCAGCUGAUACAAGGCACGUGGAGAUGAUGACACGGGAGGCAAUACCAACAGCCGAUGAUUCAACACACGGCCUACUGGAGAAUGCCCUGGCAGCAUUGCUAAGAUACACCGACCCAGCCAAACCAGAACUCUGGAAACAAGUGAGCAAGCUUGAAGUCUACCCAACUCUUGUUCAUGUCCUGUCAACAGGCAGCUCAGUCGCAAAGCAGCAAACAGCUCUAGCUCUAACAAAUUUGUGUCGAAGCACACACCAUCCUGCCACUUCGUCAGGUGCUGCAACAGUGGAAAAAGUGACCAUCUUCACCCCACCACGAUGGUUGACAGAAUUCCUUGACAACAGUUCAUGGUGCUGCCCGUUCUCCCCCUCGGUGCACCCAGGUCUCUGCCCCAUCCAUGGUUCUGCCUGCUCAUCGGGGCAAACCUUCUGCCUCAUCAAGGCCAAUGCAAUAAAGCCAUUAGUACAAAUGCUGAGUGAAACACAGUCCGGUGCUCCGGAAACUGCUCUUAUGGCAUUGGACACCUUGUUCAUUGACAGCCGAACAUUCUCAAAUGCAGCAAUGGCCAUUGUGGAUAACCAGGGGAUAGCACCAAUUCUCAAUGUAAUGGAGAAGGGUCUUCCACCUGCCCAGGAGAAGGCUAUCGAUCUCUUCGAGAAAAUUUUCCCUCAUUGUACACUGAAGAACCCACAAUUCGAGCGGUUGGAAGGUAUACUCAUUCACCUCCUCCAUUUCGAUAAUCUCAAGAGAAAGGCUGCUUCCAUGCUUGGGCAGAUGAAAGUCAUACCACAACAGUCUUCAUAUUUCUGAAGCCAUUUUAGCCAUACAAACUACUACAAUUUGUCAAUUGAGAGACAAACUAGAUCACCAGUUCCAUUUAGAUUCUUUCCCAUACCAUACUUCACAUUGAAUAUUAUUCAUAAGAGGGAAUUCAACUGAUUGAAAAUAGUUGAAGUCUGUAGGUGGUACAUGUAUUCUUUGAA